GUGGAGUCGGCGGCUAGCGGGGUGCAACACUUGCCUGUGGUCGCGAUGAGUUUACCCCUCAACCCCAAGCCUUUUCUCAAUGGACUGACAGAAAAGCCAGUGAUGGUGAAACUGAAGUGGGGCAUGGAGUACAAGGGCUACCUGGUCUCUGUGGAUGGCUACAUGAACAUGCAGCUUGCAAAUACAGAAGAAUACAUAGAUGGGGCGCUGUCUGGACAUCUGGGCGAAGUUCUAAUAAGGUAUAAUAAUGUCCUCUACAUCAGAGGCGUUGAAGAAGAGAAGGAAGAUGGAAAAAUGAGAGAAUAG